AGCAAAUUUCAAUAUCACAUGAAUUUUUAUUAAAUAAUAAAUUCAGUAAAUUAAUGGCAGGGAUAUCAGAACUGCCAACGAACUGCUCUGCCCUCCAAAUUUAAUACAGGAAGCGUUCUUGCUCUUUUGAUUAACACAUUACGCAUGUAAACGAUAAAUCACGUGUCUCCAAUGUAAAAUUAGAAAGGGGAUGAGUAUGAAAUAUAGAAUGGUUGUAUGAUAGGAAGGAACGCUCAACUAAAGAAAUGGAUUACCAGUGCACCUGAUGGUGACGAUGAGAAGGAUAACUGGGUCAAGAAAGCUGUUAAGUCAUUUUUAAAUGUUCUUCUCUGGGAGUGUUGAUCAUCUUAUGCAUUCAGAGGAAUUUGAGCAGUUGAUUAGAGUAUUUCUAAGAUACUUUCUUAAAAGCUUUAAAAGCAUUGGCCUUUGCUUGAAUUGAGAUGAAGAGCGAUAGGGGUGAAGGUUCAGAUCCAGCUCCAGAAGAUUCAGCUUCUGUCUUCCCCACUUCGAAUCCUCUUUCAUCUGGUAAUCCUUCUACAUCUAGAUUUUCAGCUUCUGGGUUCUCAACAUGGGCAAAGAGCUUCAAAUUUUCACAGUCUUCAGUUGAAGACAACACACAGCCUAUGGAUGGUGGGAAAUCUACAUUUGGCCGCAUAGCUAGUGGAUUUGGGAUACGCCAGUCUUCCAAGAUUCCUGUUGUUGAUGAGCCCACAGGAGAUACAUCACAAGCUGGAGGCACUCAAGAAGGUGCACUUGGAACAAUUACAAAGGGCUUCUUAGACACCUCAAAGAAUGCAAUGAAGGCUGUUCAAACAAAAGCUCGACAUAUUGUGUCACAAAACAAAAGGAGAUACCAGGAAGGCGGUUUUGAUUUAGAUAUGACAUAUAUUACUGAAAACAUAAUUGCUAUGGGAUUUCCUGCUGGUGACUUCAGUUCUGGUAUUCUUGGAUAUGUGGAGGGUUUUUAUCGGAAUCAUAUGGAAGAAGUUAUCAAGUUUUUUGAAACACGUCACAAGGGAAAAUACAAAGUUUACAAUCUUUGCUCUGAAAGACUAUAUGACGCUUCAUUGUUUGAGGGAAAGGUUGCUUGUUUCCCUUUUGAUGAUCAUAAUUGCCCUCCAAUCCAACUGGUAGUAUCAUUUUGUCAAAGUGCAUACUCAUGGCUGAAGGAAGAUAUUGAGAAUGUAGUUGUUGUUCACUGUAAAGCUGGCAUGGCGAGAACAGGGCUUAUGAUAUCAAGUCUUCUGCUUUUCCUCAAGUUCUACCCUACUGCCGAAGAGUCAAUAUCUUAUUAUAAUCAGAAACGCUGUACAGAUGGGAAGGGUCUUGUUCUGCCAAGCCAAAUUCGCUACGUGAAAUAUUUUGAACGAGUUCUGACAUAUUUCAAUGGUGAAGUUCAACCUGGAAGGAGGUGUAUACUACGGGGAUUUCGUCUUCAUAAAUGCCCUUACUGGGUUCGGCCUUCUAUUACAGUGUCUGAUCAUGAAGGUGUUCUUUUUUCAACAAAGAAGCAUCCAAGAACGAAGGAUAUGAUGCCAGAUGAUUUUUGGUUUAGUGCGCCACGGAAAGGAGUCAUGGUGUUUGCUUUGCCUGGAGAAAGGGGUCUUGCAGAGUUGAGCGGUGACUUCAAGGUCUAUUUUCAUGAUCGACAUGGAGAUUUUUACUGUUGGUUGAACACAACAAUGAUGGAAAACAGGCAGAUUCUGAACCCAUCUGAUCUUGAUGGUUUUGACAAGAGGAAACUGCCUUGUCCAGGUUUUCAGAUUGAGGUUGUGGUGAUGGAUUAUUAUGCUACAAUGCCGUCCCAAUCCAAAGGUGGCACAGCUACUGAUAGCAUUGGUCCGGCCAUGUCAGAAAGCAGACCUGUGCAGACAGGAGAAAGCUGUAACGAAGGCAAUGAAUGUAUCACUUCAAAAAAAGAACAUGCAGGCCAUGAGAAGGAUGACAUAUUUUCAGACAGUGAAACUGAAGAAAAUGGAUAUUUGAAAACGAGAGGGGCAAACUUUGCUAUGGGUGAAGAGCUUCACGAUGAUGCUCAUGAAAACUCUAAAGCAGCAGCAACAGAGAAGAAUAGUGUAGUGAGUAUCACGCACAGUAUGGAAGCAGCUUGCAGUGUAUCUGGAAAAAGUGAAAUAAGCAAAGAUGAAAAUAGUGCAAAUAAAGAGAACAGUGCAAGUAAAGAUGAUUUGAAUCAUAAAGAUGCUCAAGUUGAUUCAAAAAGAGGUAGCAAUCAGAUUAAUAACUUUGGCAGUUCCGAGCCGCCAUUGUAUGCACAGGAGGUUGGGAAGUCGGGAACAGUAAGUGCAAGUGAUUUUAAAGCUAUUGCUGCAGAUGCAUCUGUAUUUACAUUUGGUGAUGAAGAGGACUAUGAAAGCGACUGACUAGAAAAUGCAUAAAACAGAUUCUGGUGAAAAUGAUUGUUUGUGUUAUGUAAAUUUAUGACUUUGUGCCGCAUAAGUCACGUUGUGUAUUUCAAGGACUUUGAAUUCUUGAAACAUGAUGCUUUUUACUUCCCUUGGUUUCUAUUUCUUGAUUAUAAAAUAUUAUUGAUUGGUUAUUUAGCCAUGAAUAAAAUGUAGGUACUGCAACCUUUUGAUUA